GCGUGUGAGGCAGUGGUGGCGAGGCGGGGCCGCGGGGUGGACGCGUCCCGCCACUACCAUGCCUGAUGGAGGCCAGGCUUUCCCUCUCAGGGCCCUGGAGCCUACUGAGCCCCGCUCCGGGAGUUCAAGAUUAGCUCCGCCUCCCAUGGAUUUCCUGCUCCCUCCCUCUGGCGGCCGCUGAGGGAGGUAAGUGGGCAGAGUCCCCAGGGGAGGAGCCACCUUGCCGCGGCUGGCAAAUGGGAAACGCCAGCGGCCGGGGGAGGAACAGAGGGCGUGGUCCAUGUGCAGGUCCCGCGCCAAUCAGGAUGCGGUCCGGCGAGCCCUGCUGCGCGCACCACUGGCCCGGCGGGACCCCCUGUGGCGGGCGGCGAGGCGUGCCGCUAUAGCCUUAAUGAUGAAUCGGAGGAAGUUCACACGAAGCCCAGGUGGUGUGGUGAAUGUAGCGCGUCGCACCGCUCCGGCGGACUCAGUCGCUCGCUGUGUGGCGGAACACGCGGAGUGCGGAGAGUGAGAGGCGUGAGUGCGAGCAGUGAAGUGUUUGUGGUGUUAUUGCUGGAACACAUACAACAACAACAACAAUAGUACAGGAGCAGCGCCGCUAUUCAUUGCUGCAUCAUGUUGAACCCUUUCAUGGAUAGCGGCCACAUGGGGUCGCUCAUGGGGCACAAGCUGAGUCCUCCCACCCACCACAUGGGCACGGAGGGCCUGGCGCACACCCAGGGGAACCAGUACAACAACGGCUACGGCAUGACCCACCAUCCGGUGCACCACGGCCACAUGAGCACCUACCCGCGGGAGCUGUUCCUGCGGCGGGACCACAUGGCCUCGUUGGGCACGCUGGGCACCCACGAACUGGCCAAUAACCAGCACAUGUUCGGGGCAACGCUGGGCCACGACCCCUCGUCCAUGAUGUUCCCGGGCCUGCACGACGCCCACCACGGCCACAUGAACAACAUGAACAGACUGGCCGGCAUGGACUGGUCACACCAGCAGAUGGGCUCACAAUUCCACCAUGGCAUGAACAUGAACCACAUGAACCCCAUGGCCGCGGCGCACGCCCCCGGCGCCUUCUUCAGGUACAUGCGGCAGCCCAUCAAGCAGGAGCUGUCGUGCAUGUGGGUGGACCCGGACCAGCCUAACCCCAAAAAGCCGUGCAACAAAACGUUCACAAGCAUGCACGAGAUAGUGACGCACAUAACAGUGGAACACGUGGGCGGACCGGAGUGCACCAACCACGCCUGUUACUGGCAGAGCUGCCCCCGCAACGGCCGCAGCUUCAAGGCGAAGUACAAGCUGGUGAACCACAUCAGGGUGCACACCGGGGAGAAGCCCUUCCCCUGCCCCUUCCCAGGUUGCGGCAAGGUGUUCGCCCGUUCAGAGAACCUCAAGAUACACAAACGAACGCAUACCGGUGAGAAGCCGUUCCGGUGUGAGUACGAGGGGUGCGACAGGCGGUUCGCCAACUCGUCGGACCGCAAGAAACACUCGCACGUGCACACCUCGGACAAGCCGUACAACUGCAAGGUGCGGGGCUGCGACAAGAGCUACACCCACCCGUCCUCCCUCAGGAAACACAUGAAGGUUCACGGCAAGUCGCCGCCGCCCUCAGGCUCAGGCUACGAGAGCGACGACUCCACCACCACCAACGGCACCUCCACCUCCUCCUCCCUAGUGUCCUCCUCCAACACCGGCCAGACGGCGUUGGUGCCCGGCGCGGGGCUCGGCACUGCCGGGGCGGGCGCAGCAGGCGGCGGAGGCGGCACGGGGCCGGGAGGCGGGCACUCCACUAACCUCAGCGAGUGGUACGUGUGCCAGAGUGCCGCCGGGAUGCCCACGCCGCCCAGCAACGAACACAGUCCCGUGGGCGGCCUGACCCACGUGCUGCCGCCCUCCUCCACGGCGUACUAGCACCACGAGGGCCCGCCGGUCCUCCCCCGCGGCACGCCGGCGCCCCGGGGGACGGUCCGCAUCGAGGCCAGCUUCUCCCUCCUUCUCAGCGAUGUACAUAGUCUGUAAAAAGUGUACAGUGUAAAUAGUGUACAGACAGUAUAGAUUCGUAAGUUUUUACUGCGCGACAUGCGGCGGCGCGCCGCCCGCCCGGCGAGGCGCCGCCCGCGAGACCUGACACACACACGUUUUUAUACAACAACCAAGGUGCUCAACACGAAUAUCUUUAUUUAUUGCCACGGUUCACUCAGUGACGGACACGCGUGUUGUACCUCCGUUCAUGUACAUGUAUAGUGUUGUUUUUUCCUUCAUUAAAACAAUAAAACCUA